AUGGUGCCUGAUGAGAUAUUGUAUCGAUGUGGGAAUUUCGACUGGGUCCCUUUACUUAGGAUUUGGGGAGCUAUUGGCUAUGCGCCAUUGAUGGUACUGAAACAAUAUGGGUCAAGACAGUUCGUGCCUGCCACCCAAGGACUAGCUCAGUGCGAGUUUUCGUAUAAUGAUGAUGGUUACAAGAAGAAGAUUCGAGAGAUGACCAAUGCUUGGAGGCAAACUCAUCGGAUGAAACGAUUUACUGUGGGAGCAAUGACGACCCCUGAGUAUCAUGGAUGGCGAAGUAAGAGGAUUAAUGAUAACAUCCUCGGGCCAAAAGAAGAUUGCGUUCGAUCCAUAGAGGAGCAUUUGCAAGUAGUUCCAUCAGAAUUAGAGAUCAUCAAACAGGACUUUGAAAAACGAAGUUUGGAAUUGGAAAGGAAGAUAGAGCAGCUAGAAGAGGAAAAGAUGCGUUUGGGACUAGAUGUCGAUAUCCACAAGUUGGAAGCUGAAAAGUUGAGGAAAGGGAAGAACAAGGCUGAAGAGGAUUUAGAUAGUCUAAAAACAGAUUAUAAGAAGCUUCGUUUGUCACUGAGAACUGCGGGUUUAGAAUGCCGAAAUGAAGAAGCAAUAUUAAAAGCCCAGAUAGCUGAGUUGGAAAGGUCGCUUCACUUGUGCCGUAGUCGUAACUCUAUGAUCGAGCUGAGAGCAAGUUUGAGCAAGAUUGAAAAAUUGAAGGAAAAGAUAGAAGAACUUGAAGACGCAUUGCGAAAUUCUGAAUUACGAGUAGAAUUUCUUGAAAGACGUAAUGAGCAGUACCAGGAGCAGCUCCAUCAUCUUCAAAGUCAGAUUAGAGAUAGAGAUUACGUUAUGGGCGAAGCUGUGACUGAAGUGCGAGAAGUGGCUAACCAUCUCCAACCCUUAACGGUUCAGGCUGAUAUACUGAGUUUGAAAUAUGAAUCAGAGUCAAGUCGGGGUCGAGAGUUAGCUUGGCUCCUUAAGAGGGUUAAGACUUUGAGCAUAAAGGCAAAGCCGUAUAUGUAA